AUAAUGCAAUCCAAAAUGUUCCCGAAAAAAUGUUCUCCGCAUCACUGUCAGGAGACACUGUACCAAAAAAUAUGUCCCUCUGAGGUGAAUAUCUACUGCGCGUGCGCGCUGCAUCUCCCCACACCCUCUCCUCUUGUCGCCACGGUAACGGAAGAGGGGGGGGGCUCACGGCCGGAGGGAAGGCGAGGAGAGGUACCCGGACUAGUCACAUGACCGCCGCUCCUCUCGUUACCUCUCUGUUUGGAUGCACGUCGUUUGUUCUCGGACUGAGAGCGACAACUGAUCAGCCGGUCACCUGAGAGCAGAUUCCGCGGGUCAACUGAACGGGAGUAGACAUGUCAGACAUAAUUCCUCCAGAGGUGAGACCCAAACCAGCCGUCCCUGCCAAGCCCCCGAAUGUGGGGGCUCCUUCCCCCUCCAGCCCCUUCCCGCCCCAGGGCCCGGGCAUCGGAGGAGGAGGAGGCAUCGGCGGCGCUACAGCUCUGCCUCCCAGUGCCAUUCCAGUCCCCAUCGGGAGUCACGUUGCCAGCCACGCUGUGGGUCAUAACGUCGGUCAUGGUGUGGGCCACGUUGGGGGUCUCCCUGCAGCACACAACGGAGGUCAUGCAGGCUCCCACAGGUCCGGCGGUGGAUCCACUUUGCUGGGGUACAUCGGCAUCGACACCAUCAUUGAGCAGAUGAGGAAGAAGACCAUGAAGGCGGGCUUUGACUUCAACAUCAUGGUUGUCGGUAACAGCGGCCUCGGAAAGUCAACUUUGGUGAACACCCUGUUCAAGUCCCAGGUGAGCAGGAGGAGUGCAGGGUGGGCCCGCGACGAGAAGAUCCCCAAAACGGUUGAGAUCAAAGCCGUGUCUCACGUCCUCGAGGAGGGCGGUGUGAAGAUGAAGCUGACAGUCAUCGACACCCCGGGCUUUGGAGACCAAAUCAAUAACGACAACUGCUGGGAGCCCAUUUUCAAGUACAUCAACGAGCAGUACGAGAAGUUCCUGAAAGAGGAGGUCAACAUUACCAGGAAGAAGCGCAUCCCCGACACCAGGGUGCACUGCUGUAUAUAUUUCAUCACCCCGACUGGACACUCUCUGCGGCCGCUCGACAUCGAGUUCAUGAAGCGCUUGAGUCACUCGGUCAACAUUAUUCCCGUCAUAGCGAAGUCAGACACGAUGACCAUUGAGGAGAGACUGGAGUUCAAACAGCGGGUAAGGAAGGAGCUGGAGAAGGGCGGGAUUGAGUUUUACCCGCAGAAAGAGUUCGAUGAGGACAUGGAGGACAAGAGCGACAAUGACAAGAUCAGAGAGGCGAUGCCCUUUGCUGUGGUGGGCAGCGACAAAGAAUAUCAAGUGAAUGGCAAACGAGUUCUGGGGAGGAAGACGGCGUGGGGCAUUGUAGAAGUUGAAAAUCCAAACCAUUGUGAGUUUGCUCUGCUGAGAGACUUCCUGAUCAGGUCUCACCUCCAGGAUCUGAAGGAGGUCACUCACAACAUUCACUAUGAAACCUAUCGUGCCAAGAGACUGAACGAGAAUGGCGGUCUCCACCCAAUAUCCUCCAAUGACACCCAAGAAAGCAACCUGUAGUCAGCUCAGUUAGCGUGAGAAUAAGGAAUCUACAGAAUAUUGUUAUCGUUGUCACCACGGCAUCGAUGCAUGCUCGGAAAACAUUUGAAUCUGUAAAAAUCGGUGUAAUUUAAACGUGAUUUUUUUUCUUUUCUUAUCCCUAACUCCACCCAUCGUCUUCUACACUUUCGUCCCCACAAACACAUCAAACCCCCUCUGGUUCAUUUUCAAAGUCGUUCCGAUGAAUGUUUGGAAAGAAAAAUCCCAAACAGAUAACUUAGUGCCAUUAUAAAAAAAAAAACUGAAAAUAUUAUAAUCAUAAUUCCUGUACAGCCCGAGACAGCUACAAAUUGCUUCUUUAAAAUUUUCAGCAGCAACAGUUCAUUGGAGGAUAGAAUCCCCGUGGCUUUACUGUUGUGCCAUCUUCUUUUAUGCCCACCCUCACCAAGAAAACAAAGGAAACGUUCCCCGUUUAUGUUUGAUUUUUCCAUUUAAAAAUAGUUUGCGUGCACAGACCUGCAUACUAAAAUGAGAGAAAGCUGCAAACAUCCUUCACAUAUGAAAUGCAACUGUGUGUGUGUGUGUGUGUGUGUGUGUGUGUCUGUGUGUGUGUGUGUGUGUGUGUGUGUGUGUGUGUGUGUAAGUAAAGAAUCCACAGGGUGUAUGACUGUGCAUACUGCGGAUUCUGUGAGUCCACGAUUCACCGUAACAGUGCACACAAACUAAACACCUGCUGGUGAUGCAGCUCAGCAUGCUUCGUUACACCACAGUAAGUAUAGAGGAAAGAAAUGGGCAUUAAUGCUUGUGCUCACUCGCAUUAGCUGCAUCUUCUUCUUCAAUGACCCUGGAGGAUAAUUAUCAAACAGAUCAGUGGUUUUAAUAAAUAUUACAUGUUUUUUGUCUGAUUCACUUUGUGGACGAUUUUAACAACAAAAUGGACAACAUGCCCCCAAUAUUAAUGUUAAUCUAAAAGCCUGCAGCAUGUAAGUUAAAGAAAAAACACUACCCUUUGCUCAUUGUUUGUUGUUUUUUUGCGAGGUCGAUUUUACACAUUUUUCUCGUCACCAUACCCACUGGCCACUCAGGAAAAUAAUAUUUUCUUACCCAAAAUAAAUCCCACCAAUGACAUGAUACAGGUGGACAGAAAACUUUGAAAUUGUUUGAUGUCUUGUGCAAAGUUUUUUUUUUUUUUUUUGGUGAACAAUACAGAACUUGACGUGGUGACCAGUAUUUGUGUUGAUGCCAUUUUUAUGAUUAAAUUCAUAUUGUUCACCACUGGGGGGCAGCACUCUGCCGCGUAUAAGCAGUGACUCAGUAGGCACUUGGAACAGCUCCAUGUCCUCAGACAUUCCGACCGCUCAGAGUUUUAGGUACGUUUUUACACAGACCAGUGUUAUUUCCUGAUGAAGUUUACAGAGUGUGGAUCCUCCACUGCUGUCAGUGAUAACUUAUAUAUCUCUCCAGAUCAGGUCUACAAGAAACUUUAAUUCUGUUACCCCAGUGGUAUGCACUCAAAGUGUUGGUGCAAUUAUUCCAAAUCAAUUUGAUUUACAAAGUUGUAAUCAUGUUGACCGAGUUUUCUUCAGGAACUCAACAGUUGUACUGCUCUUCCGUGCAGUGUCUACAGUAGAGCACAAAUAUGCCAAAACUACAAGUAAUUCAAUCUUUCGCUAUCCGUCAAUCCUUUUUGUUUUAAGUUGAGUCAUCAUUUUAUACAAUCAUACACGUCUGUGCGAUUUUGAUAUGAAAUGUGUCGUCUGCAACAAAUUGCUAAUAGUUGUCUGUGAUUUUAGUACAGUCAAAGGUUUCAAGCAGACAUUUGAAACAGUGUUUGUGUGUGCAUGCUUGUGUCCAUACUGCCUGGUUGCUUACAGCCAAUCAGUUCACACAUCACUGCAACUUCAACUGAUCAAAUACUUCUGAAUGUGUGAUGUGUACAUUAACUUGCUAUUUCAUGAGGUAAAAUCGCUGCUGUCUUAACUCCUGGAACUAAACUGACAGCCCGCUAUCCACAUAUCACUCAUCCCUUUGAACUGGUAGAACUUCAUAAUGUACAUUUAUUUGAUAACUACUUUUGCUGUGUCAAGUUGCUGUGACACAUUGAGGAAUCAUUUUCAGUGUUAUAUUGAGUUAUACAUUGUCUUAUUACUGUAAUUUAUUCUUUAUUUAAUAAAUGCAUAUUCCCAUG